CGGUCGUACUCACCGCGCCCCCACCGUAUGGCAUGAAGGACUUCGUUGCCACUUCCUAUAACCAACCAACCAGCCCACCCUGUCUUCUCUUCCUUCUCGUCCUCCUGCUCCCCCCUUCCCAUUCCGCCCAUCCGCGUCGUUGCUCCCCUCCGCUUCCCACCUCGCCGGUCUCCGACUCUGUUCACGCUGUGCCCGGUUGAUUAGCCCCUCUACGUGCUGGUACCAUCUCCCCGUGACUCCUCUUUGAUAUGGUGAUAUUUGUGUCUCUAAAUCCAUCCAAGCCAGCGUCUUUAAUUUAGGCACUAGCGGUUUCCACGAUCAAUUCAUUCAGAGGAAGCUGCAAGUAUCUGAGAUUCUGAAAUUUCCGAAAAGCUAUGUCUUUUGUUCGGCGAGCGGACCCAUCAACGGCUUACACGGAAAAUCUUUACAUACAUAAAUUUGCUGCACCAAACUCAAAUUUUGCUGCACGAAGAUUUGCCUCUGAUACACAGCUGUCCCGUUAUGGCCCUGAACCAUACAAUGCUGAGUAUGGGAACAUGGGUUUCACUGGAGCACCAUCUGCUGCAUUUCAAAACUCGUUUUGCAGUCAGCAGACCCCAGUAACACCAUACCAUGUAACACCUGAUGGACGAUCUCUGAGUGUUGCAGAUACUAAGUCCAACCCUUGCGCUAAUGCAGAAAAAGACUCACCAGUGCUCUCCAAUGUCUCUCAACAAUACUCCCAGUCUGUAUCAGAUAGUCAGAGUUCUGAAAUCGAAGUAGAGUUCGAUGAAGACGAGAUUAGACUGAAACUUCAGGAACUGGAGCAUGCUUUACUUGACGAUGGUGAUGACAUCUUGUUUGAGAUUUCUCAGGCAGGUAGCAUUAAUGAUGAAUGGGCUGAUCCCAUGAAGAAUGUAUUGCUUCCAAAUUCACCAAAAGAAUCAGCAUCAAGCAUCAGUUGUGCUGUUAACAACAGCAGAGUAGCACGGACUCCAAAGCAGUUGCUCUUUGACUGUGCUACCGCAUUAUCCGAAUACAACAUAGAUGAAGCACAGGCAAUCAUCACGGAUCUCCGGCAGAUGGUUUCGAUCCAAGGGGACCCUUCUCAGAGGAUUGCAGCCUAUCUGGUGGAGGGCCUUGCUGCAAGAAUAGUAGCUUCAGGGAAAGGCAUCUACAAGGCAUUGACAUGCAAGGACCCUCCAACUCUGUAUCAGCUUUCAGCAAUGCAAAUCCUCUUUGAAAUCUGUCCAUGCUUCCGUCUGGGUUUCAUGGCUGCUAAUUAUGCUAUACUUGAAGCGUGCAAAAGUGAGGAAAGACUGCACAUUAUAGACUUUGACAUCAAUCAGGGCAGCCAAUACAUUACGUUGAUACAAUUUCUGAAAAACAAUGCAAACAAGCCGCGCAAAUUGAGGAUAACUGGUGUUGAUGAUCCUGAGACUGUGCAGAGGCCCACUGGAGGUCUGAGGGUCAUUGGGCAACGCCUAGAGAAGCUUGCAGAGGACUGUGGACUAUCUUUUGAGUUCAGGGCAGUUGGUGCUAACAUUGGGGAUGUUACACCUGCAAUGCUAGAUUGUCAUCCUGGGGAAACACUUAUUGUCAAUUUUGCAUUCCAGCUGCACCACCUUCCUGAUGAAAGUGUUUCGAUUAUGAAUGAAAGGGACCAGCUCCUUCGAAUGGUGAAGGGCCUCCAACCAAAGCUAGUGACUCUGGUUGAGCAGGAUGCCAAUACCAAUACUGCACCGUUUCUGAUAAGGUUCCGUGAAGUUUAUGAUUACUACUCCGCACUUUUUGAUUCACUGGAUGCAACACUGCCAAGGGAAAGUCCGGAUAGAAUGAAUGUGGAGAGACAAUGUCUUGCAAGAGAAAUUGUUAACAUAUUGGCUUGUGAAGGUCCUGAUCGUGUGGAGAGAUACGAAGUUGCUGGAAAAUGGAGAACAAGAAUGGCAAUGGCUGGCUUCACGCCAUGCCCAUUUAACAGCGAUGCCAUCAGUGAAAUAAGAUCGCUACUGAAGUCGUACUGUGAUAGGUACAAGUUUGAGGAGGACCAUGCUGGGCUUCACUUCGGCUGGGGAGAGAAAACUAUCAUCGUCUCCUCCGCAUGGCUAUGAUGGGCGUGCUUUGCCGUGCCCCGGCCGGCCUGUUCCAGCAGUUCGUGGCCGGAUCCGCGUGAGGCGUGUCCGCGGCGCGCCCGACCGGCGGAUCCGCGCGCCCGGCGGCUUGGGGGGUGCUUCGGGGCGGUGGCCUUUUCCCGCAUGCCGGUGGCGCUGCGCGGCGUGGCCGUCCUGCGGCGCAGGGCCGGUUCCGAGCGCCCUCGCGGAGGCCGGGCGGUGUGGCGCCACGUGGUGGCCGGCAGCUUGCUCGUCGUCGUGCAGCUGGAUAGGAGGCGUCCGGAUCUGUGCGGCGGUGCACCUCGACCGCUUCGGCGCGGGGCCGGCGCGCCGGCGGGUGGCACGUGCGCGCCCUUGUGGCCGCCCUGGGUCUGGCCGGAGUCGGGCACGCGGAUGCAGAACGGGCUCUCGUGGCUUGUGGCUGGCGUCCUGCUGCGCUCCGGCUGGCCGGAUCUGGCCAUCGGAGGCCCAGAUCUCGCCCUCCCCUUCGGGUUCGGCGGCCCAAUGCCCGGAUCCGGCGUUUGUGCUGCCGCCUUGCCGCUCGUGCGCGCGCUGCUCUCCUCGCUGGGCUGCGGUCGCCGUUCCUUGUCGAGGUGCAGGGCAAUGAGGUCCCGCCAGCUGCCUCUGGCAUGCUCAAGUCGCCUGCGCCGUGGAGUCCGUGCUCCUGCGCGUGCUGUAGGUGCUCGCCGCGCUCCUCUGGACCCGCGCCGCUCCGCUGCUGUCGGUUUGCGCCGUGUCCUGUCGGUCUGCGUCUUGUGCUGUUAGUCUGCUCCAGGUGCUCGCCGCGCUCCUCCGGACCCUCGUCGCGCCGCUGCUGUUGGGCUGUGGGGCGCUGUGGCUGCCCGGCGUGGUGUGUUGUGCUGCCCCUCCCCUUGAUCGGGCUCCUCCUCUUGCCAGUUCUUCUUCCUCCCUAGAGUCGGUCAGCGGGGAUCCUGAUCGGCUGUAGGGUCUUUUUGGGCUGCGAGCUGUUCGCCGUGGCGGUUGCGGCGAGGUAUCAGUGCAGGUGUUUGGGGGUGGAUUUCGCUCAGGAUGGCAUUCUGCUGGUGCCAAUAUCGAUGGCAUCUGUUAGCACUAUUUUUUCCCUGGAGACGAUAUUGUAGCGUCUCUCUCGCCCUGUGAUCUCUUUAGGUGAAAACCUUACUCCGGUGAGGUGAUGACGAUGUGGACGUCACUUUCUUCCUGAAGGCGUUAUCUUCGAAAACCCUCUUACACUGUUGGACGACACCUAGUUUCUUUUGUUGGUGGCACUUACGCAUCCAUUCGGUGCGACGAUGUUUUCAGAUCAUGUAGCGUCCCCAACAUCAGUUGCUGUCUGAUGCGCACUCCUCCAAAGCGACGUGCCCAUUGAUUGUCCAAGGGUUUUGGUUUGGCGUGGGAGCAGGGCUCUGCCAACCAAGAUGCUGCUAGCGUGACAGCAGGGUUCCGUCUACUUGUUGCUUAGGAUGUUGGUUUAGUGCGUGAGUUGUGUUAGGUUGGGUGCAGCUAGCUGUUGGUUGCGCCGUGUGUUGUGGGCAUCGUGGUAUUUAUUCAGUGUCGUUUGUGGUUGGCUUCUUCUGUAUGUUUCACCCCUACGUAUUCGCUCCUCGGCAGCUCUUCUUUCAGUUUAGUGUUUCUCGACAGAGAUUUGGUCCAA